UCCGUUCAUACAUACGUUCGCCUGCAAAAGCAAGCGUUGAUCAUACAAAUUAGUCAUCCCACCUUUUGCCGACAAUAGCCGCAAUAUUAUCCCAAUAAUUCGAAAUACUAUACGGAGAAGUAUUUUAAAUCGCCAGAUAAUCCCAAGGGGCAUGUCCAAGCGAAAGGCCGAAGACGCACAAACCGACAAAAUGGCAACGGCGGAGAAGGUUCCACAGAAUGAUUACACCAUUGGCCUGGAGGAUCCUGUGAAGGACUACCAGAAGCUCAUCGAGACACGUGUGCAGGUGGACGAAAUCGUGGACGAUGAUGUCACCAAGGAGAAUUUCGAUCGGACGGCUGCAUCGGCGCGUGACGUCAUCUGGCGGCUGCUGUUCGACGAAGCCAAUGCUGCGCCAUCGAACGUGGAGAAGGCCACCCAACUGCUGGAGGAGUACCGCGGCGACGCCUGCUUCUACGACCCAACGCCCUACAACGAGUGGAUUGUCAAGCUGAGGGACGAGGUCCUCAAGAAGGAGCUGCUCGACUUUUGGCGCGAAGUCCUGGUGAAGAAGCAGUUGGGUCCCUGUUGGUCACGCGACUGCGAUCUGUUCGACAGUGAUGACACACCACCGCUGGAGUUCUACGCCCAUGCCGGCUGUACGGCUCCGUUUGCAGCCAGCCUGAAGGUGCGGGCUGCUCUGGAGGAGAACGCUUCAGAGGAUCCAAAUAGUCCGGCGCUGCCCACUACUCCAGGGGAACUCAGUGCCGAUGACAGGGCCGCCUUGACCGGUGAAUUCGAGGCCGUAAUCACCAAGGAAAACCCGCUCGAGGAGUACCGCUCGCUGAUGAAGCGCUUCGUCCUGACCAAAAUCAUUGUGCCGGACAGCGUGCACCACGCCAGCGUGAGGAAGAUGGCCGCCGCCGCCAGGGAGAUCAUCUGGAAGCUGCUCUUCGACGGCACUCCCUCGAACGAGGAUCAGGACAAGGCCGCCGAGCUGUUGCAGGAGUACAAGGGCGAUGCUGGUUUCUACGGCCCAGACGAGUUCAACGGCUGGAUUGUUGAGCUGAGGGAUGAGGUCCUCAAGCGGGAGCUUCUCGACUUUUGGCGCGAGAAGAUGGUGAAGUUGGAACUGGGUCCCAGUUGUUCUCGUGACUCCGACUAUUACGACAAUGAUGAUCCCCUGCCGUUGGAGUUUUACGAAAAGGCCGGCUGCAAGGCGCCCUUCGAAGCGACUACGGAAGAUGAUUAGGGUCCCUUUGGACCUGUGACAUAGUGUUUUACCCCUUGGAAUGAAAAAUAACAGCUUAUGUGAGAUAUAAGUUGGCUAAGAAAUGAACAGAGUCAAACUUGAAGUACAUUAUUUUGGUACAAGCUGAAUUUAUUUUUAUAAGCCAUCAAAGUUACUUUCCUUAUUUUCUGAAACCCUGGUCGGAGAAUCUCUCGAAUUGAAAAUUGUAAAUUAUUUGACAUUACGCGUGUCAGCAUUGUUAAAAAUGAAAAACAAAUAAAAAUGUUUUCUGGAAA